AUGGGUGACAACAUCAACAUAGGCGAAGUCUUAGAAAGAGAAGGCUUUAAGUACAACUUCACAGCUUCAACUGCAACUGCAAGUGACCCCUCGCCACAAGAUGGGGUUAUUAAGGAGCAAGAUCGGUUGCUUCCAAUAGCUAAUGUGGGGAGGAUUAUGAAGCAAAUACUUCCCCCCAACGCCAAGAUCUCAAAGGAAGCUAAAGAAACCAUGCAGGAAUGUGUUUCCGAGUUCAUAAGCUUUGUCACUGGGGAAGCUUCUGACAAGUGUCACAAGGAGAAGCGCAAAACCGUGAAUGGUGACGAUAUUUGCUGGGCCUUAGCUACCCUAGGGUUUGAUGACUACUCUGAGCCUCUUAAAAGGUACUUGCUUAAGUAUAGGGAGUUGGAUGGGGAGAGAGCAAACCAAAAUAAGGGUAGCAACAGUUAUGAAAACAACAUUGCAAACAUAUAA